CGGCGGUGGCGCUGGCGCCCUGGCUGCCGGCCUGGCUGCUGGGCUCGCUGGUGGCGCUGCUGCUGGCGCUGCUGGCCCUGCUGCGCACGCUGCAGCUCAGCACGCUGUGGCUGGAGCCGGCCGAGCUGUACGUGCUGCGCGACUGCGGCUCGGAGCGGGAGCGCGAGGCCUGCAAGGCGCUGGAGCCGCUCCGCCAGCGCGGGGCCUUCGUGCUGUGCUCGCUGCUGCUGCUGGGCUGCGUGGCGCACGCCGCCCUGGCCGUGCUCUUCUACCAGGCCGUGGGGAUGCUGGCGCCGGCCGUGCUGGGCGCCGCCGGGCUGGUCUUCCUGCUGGCCGAGGUGCUGCCCUUCGCCCUCAGCUCGCGCUGGGGGCUCUGGCUGGCGCCGCGCGGCCUGUGGCUCACGCAGCUCUUCAUGCUGCUCACCUUCCCCCUGUCGCUGCCGCUCAGCAAGGUGCUGGAACUGGCCCUGCAGCGCGACACCAGCACCUGCCUCCUGCGGGAGAAGAUCCUGGAUAUGGUGCGCAACAGUGACCCCUACAACGAGUUUGUUCGGGAAGAGUUCAGCAAGAGCGCCCUGCGCAACAAGACCGUGGAGGAUGUGCUGACGCCGCUGGACGAGUGCUUCAUGCUCAAUGCCAACGCCGUGCUGGACUUCAACAACAUGUCAACCAUCAUGCAGAGCGGCUACACCCGCAUCCCCAUCUACGAGGACGAGCGCACCAACCUGGUGGAUAUGCUCUACGUAAAGGACCUGGCCCUGGUGGAUCCUGAUGACUGCACCCCUCUCAGCACCAUCAUCAAAUUCUACAAUCACCCACUCCACUUUGUCUUCAACGACACCAAGCUGGACGCUGUGCUGGAGGAGUUCAAGCGAGGUAAAAGACCCCUCAGUUAGGCCACUGCCUUGGAAGGUCUGCCCAAGAUUCUAGAGCCCUAUUGCUCAACCACUGAUCCUGCUAGCUAGGGAUGAUGGGAGUUGUAGUCCAACAACAGCUGGGGACCCAAGGUUGAGAAACAUCUCUAGAGAGUCAUUGCCAGGUUUUCAAACUAUCUUCUGUGAAGCCCCCCUUUCCUUAGAACAGACAUGGGAAAGCUGCUUCUCUCGAGUCCAUCAGCCAGCAUGGCCAGUGGUGAGGGGGAAUAGUGCAGCUUCAUCGGGAGGACAACAGGUUCCCCCUGCCAACUCCCACCAUCCCUGGCUUGCUGGGGCUGAUCCAAAAUGUCUGGAGGGCACCAGGCUGGCAAAGGCUGAGUCAGGCAGUACAGCAAGAGCUGUGCCAAGUACCUCAGCUUUGCUCCAGCUGUUCUAUGAGCCACAUGAGCAGGCCAGGUAUAAGCUGACAAGUGGGGCUUUUGUAGGUUUGGUUUUUUUGCUGCAUGCGUGUAGUGUCCAAGUUGCAGCCAAUUUCAGCACCCCAGCAAAUACACACACUGAGGUAAUGGCCAGGGGCAACCAUGUGGCAACCCUGCAGAGGUUUCAUCUGCUUUCCUCCAUGGACAUGGGCAGCUAGGGGUUCUAAAUACGACUUCAGGCACCGCUAAUGCAUAGGAACGUCAUUUCUUUUUCUCCCACCCCACUUGGUUUUAUUACGCUUUACUGUACAGUCAUACCUUGGAAGUUGAACGGAAUCCUUUCCGGAAGUCUGUUUGACUUCCAAAACGUUCAGAAACCAAAGCGUGGCUUCUGAUUGGCUGCAGGAAACUCCUGCAGCCAAUUGUAAGUUGCGGAAACCCAUUGAACAUUCAGCUUCCAAAAAACCAAGGUACAACUGUAUUUGGCUUUACAAUCGUACCUUGGUUCUCAAACACCUUGCGAGUCAAACGUUUUGGCUCCCGAACGCUGCAAACCCAGAAGUGAGUGUCCCGGUUUGCAAAUGCGCUUCGGAACCCGAACAGCCAAUCGGAAGCUGCGCCUUGGUUUCCGAACGUUUUCGGAAGUUGAAUGGACUUACGGAAUGGAUUCCGUUCAAGAACCAAGGUACGGCUGCAAAUAAGUGUAGAUAUGUUACUAGUUCAGUAACUAGUCCUUUCCGGUCACCUGAGAGGCUGCAAUAAUGUCUCCAGCAAUCUAGGCCUUGAACCUGCUGGAGUUAAGUGUGUAGGAACCUAUUCUGCACUCAGAACUUUUCUGGGUAAGCACAGACCCUCUAGAUGCCAAGCAGAACAAACUCUCUGACGUAAGAAACUUGACCUUACUAUAUGCAUUGUGCAUGUAUAAUCCUGUCUCUGGAAUAUAUCGCUUCUGAAAGGGCUCAUAUACUGGAUUGUUCCUCUGAACCAGCAGAGCACCAACAACCACAGCAAAAUGCUCUUCAAGUACAAAAAGGUGUAUCUGGGAGGAAGCCAGGUCCAAACCUACCAUGCUUCUGUGGAGGAGCAUUCCAUCUUGUCAUCUCCCACCUGAAGUGCUACAGGCCAGACACAGGUUGACCACCUCAAAGGCAGCAAGGCCAGUGGUUGCCCAGUGUGUAAUGAACCGCCCUCUGUUUCCAUGGUAACCCUUCCACCAUGGUGGUCUGUGGGUAGGGCAAGAGGCCAGUCUUCCUCCCAACUUCAGGGCUGCAGAGAGGGGUGGAUGCCAUCCUGUUGGGUGGCAAUCUCUGCCCCAGCUCCAGUUCUAAGGUGGCUGCAAAGGAAGGCUCUUGAGUUGUGUGGCAGCUACACAGAAAAGGAGUUUGGAGAGUCUUGGCUCUGGGGGCCAUAUUGGCAAAGAAAAAACCCAACUGCUGUUAUUGUUUUAUUCAUUUAUGGAAGUAUUAAUUUGUUUAAGUUUCAAGGCAAUUUACCAUCCUACAAAAAACCCAAAAACUAAUGAUAGGUCUAAAAACAAUACAAAUAAGACCCAAAGUAGAGAUCUAAAAACAUUAUUUUCAGAAGGCUGAUUUGAAAAGUUAGUUGCAACAAUAAUGUCACUUCAGUUGUUUCCGUAAACUACGAACAGGAUCAUACCUCAACAGGGAUGCUUUUCUCCCAAGCGGGAGAAGCCCCACUGAAAGCCCCACUCCAGGUUGCUGUGGGAUGGGCUUCAGAUACUUAAGGGACAGUAAGGAGAGGGAUUCCCACAGGACGCAGUGGCUUGCUGGGUGUAGAAGGAAUGAGGCGGUCUCUCAGGUCACCUGGUUCCAAGCAGUACAGGGCCUUGUGUGAUGGGAUCAAACCCUUGAACCUGGUCUGGUGCUCCUGGUUUUCCCUGCUCCAGAGCAGAAAGGAAGGCAGCAGUGGGUUGGAUGCCACUGUUGAAAAGUGCUCUGCAUGUCCCUUCUCUAAAAGCAAGUUCUAGUCAUCUUCCCGUGCCCAGCUGCCCAUUCUCCUCACCAGCCCUUCUCCUAGGAAAAACCACAAGGAAUUUUAGGAUUUUCUGUGCAUAUGCAUUCAGAGCACCUUUAAGGGACCAAGCCAACAAGCUUCCCUUGUGCGGUGGGCCACUUCCUGGGAGAUGGCCACAAUUUUAGACUUGCCCAGUAAAGUAAGCCAAAGACUGACUGCUGGUGUCCAGGCCUCCUUGCUUGGAGUGCUUGUAGCUGUAUCUGCGUAGGCUUUCCUUGAGCAGAGAAAUAUUCUUGUUUUUAAACUGGUAGGCCUUCCCCAAGAUGUUUAUCUCCUUUUCCUCCCCUAGCCCUUCUCCCUCCUGAAGCGUUUGGCAGGAAUAGCUGGGUGGCACCCGUGACCUUUGCAUACCUGCAGGGAUCUGGCUUGCCCUGCUGAGAAACAGAGCAGCCAAGUUCACAGGUUCAGUUCUCCAGCCUUACCACUUCCAAGCAGGCCCCAGGCCAUUUUAUUCCGGGAGAAUAAGCCUCCUAAGAAUCUUACACAUCCAGCCCUCCCUCCCUCCCUCCCUCCCCCUCUCAUACACACAGAUUGGUUGUCCUCCUUACAGCUAAGAAGCCGCUUUCCCCUUCUCCUGGCAUGUGACGCAAAUGAACAGCCUUGCCCCUUUUCACCUCAACCUUUGGAACAAGAUUGGCUCCUCCGUCUCCGUCACCUCCUUUCUGUGCUGCCUUUCAUUUUGCUUAUUUGUUUAGAGCAGAAAUGAGGGAACUGUGGCCCUUCAGAUUCUGCUGCACUACCAGCUGCAUUGCCCCUGACCAUUGUUCAUGAUGGCUGGGGCUGAUGGGAGUUGUAGUUCAGCAACAUCCGGUGGGGGGCAAGGUUUUCCCCAUGCAUUUGUACCCAGCUCUUCAGCCAUAAGGCUCCCAGAGCAACCUAUGGACAAGUCAGUUCCUGCCCACAGGCUUUGCAGUUGUUGAGACAUGACACACAAGUAAAAAGGGACAGGGAGCGGAAAGUGGGGGUGCAGAUUGCAUGUCCCAGCACAGCUUUGGGAGUUAGAAAUCUACAGUGGUGGGAGCCUGAUCCUGCUCUAGUAGCACAUAAACAAGGAGUAGCACACAGGAGAAAGGGAGAGACACAAUAAAUCAUCAACAACAUUGUCCAGCCUUCCCCAGCAUGGUGGCCACCAGGUGUUUUGGACUGCAGCUCUUAUCAGCCCAAGCCAUGGCCGUGCUUACUGGGGAUGAAGGGAGCUGUAGUCCAAAGCACCCAGUGAUCGUCACGUUGGGGAGCGGUGGCCUAGUCUGGCAGGCAGCUUUCAGGGCUAUUGGGCAAAGGCCUUUCCCAGCUCUGCUUCUGGAGAUCAUUUUAAAGAGACCCUCGGAACUGAACUGGUGACUUCCGGGUUGCAAAGCAGUUGUUCUUCUACCGCUCAGUUGUGGUCAUUGUCACAAACCCUGCUGGAUGAGUCCAGUGGCCCACUCAGUCCGGCAUCCUGUUUCUGCAGUGGCCAAAGAGUUGCUCAUGGGAAACCCUCACACAGGACCUGUGCACAAAAGCCCCCUCCCCUCCUGUGGGUUCCAGCAACUGGUAUUCAGAAGCAGUGCUGCGCCUGACUCCUCCUUUGGAGGCAGCGCAGAGCCAUCAGGGCUAGUAGCCAGUGAUAGCCUGAUCCUUCUCCAUUACUUUGUCUAAUCUUCCCUAAGUCACCCACUUGGCCAUCACUGCUUCCUGUAGUUUAGCUGUGUGCUGCAGGAAGAAGUGCUUGCUUUCAUCUCUCCCAAACAUUCUUGGGGUGUUGAAGUCUGUGGCCAGUUUCAGCCCUGUUGCCUCUUCUGCCUUUUCUGUUCAGGCAUCUUUGAGGGUGGCAGAGCAGAUCCUGGAAGCAAAACCCACCAGGAUAGGUGGGAAAUCUCAGUCCCAGGGGCCAGACGUGGACGUCCAGAUCUCUCUGUUUGGCCCUUGGAACUCUUUCCCCAGGCCACACCCUCACUUGUGUCUUUUUCCUGGCUUGAGUUCAGAGUGUUUUCAAAGGAAGAAAACAGCUACCUUCUAAUGCUGCAAAGGGCUCUGGUCCAGCCAGGUGGCACAUGGCCAGAACUAGCAGACGGGGGCAAAUUCCAGGGAGCCAGGCGUGGUCUAAAAACCUUGAGAAGCUCAUUGAAGAGAGAGAUGGGCUGUUUGGAGCCUUCAUGUGAAUGACCCUGCAGGAGAUCCUUGGAGCUGGCAGGGGGACAUUCCACUUGUUUUGCAUUGCUCUGCUGAACCCAGCUAUUAUCAGGAGCCUCGUCUGGGUGUGAGCCGGCAGCCUCCACAGAGAAGCCUAUGAUCUGAGCAAGUCUGUGGGUGCAAUAGUCUCCUAAUCUGUCAUCAGAGCAAUUGGCUGGGCUGGAGGAUAUGUUUUAGCUGGUGAGAAGAGGUUUGCAUUGUUCACUUUGUAUUUAAGAAAUGCAAACAGCAAAAACAAGGAUACCUCUAAUGAUCCACUAAAAGCGAAACGGUGGGGUCAACAGCAGCAGCUUUAGAGCAAGACUCCCAAGAGAUUGAGAUUGCAAAAUGCUAAAUGCUUGGGGAAAUUAAAAGUUUUCACCUGGCGCUGAAACGAUGACAUAAUAGGCACUAAACAAGUAUACCCUCCCUCAGACCACAUUCAAAAGGUGGGCUGUUAGUGCCCAUAAAUAAAUGGAGAGGGUAUUUCAUAGUCAGGCUGCCACUACAGCAAAGUUUCUGUCACAGGAGAGACUGAGCCCAAAUUGGUGGCUCAGUUGAUGGAGGACAGAGCUAUCUGUGGCUACUGCCCAUCGCUCCCUGUGCCCUCCCUCCAGCAUUGGAGGCUGGUUGCCUCUGCAUACUGCUUGCUCUGCAGCAGGCUUCCUGUUGGGGUGCCUGGUUGGGCACCGUGGAAACAGGAUGCUAGAUUGGCCUUUGAUCUCAUCCAGUAGGGCUCUUUUCAUGAGGAAAUCAAUAUAGUUCUUUCCCUUUGCCAACCUGGUGCCCUCCAAAUAUUUUGGACCACAGCGCCCACCAGCUGCAGCCAGAAAGUGCCAAAUGUGUGUUGCAGGCCAGAACAUCUGGGGGGCACCAGGUUGGCAAAGGCUUCUGUACUUCCAUGUACUGCACCAGAAAACUUAGGACCCUGCCUUUGAAAUGUUUGGUGCAAUUGUGCAUGGACAGCCUGUUUCCAUGCUAUUAUUCUGUUUGCGCAUUUAAUUGUCAGGUGCUGAGUGGUAGGAAUGCGAAAUAGGAGGUGCUGGAGGUAAAGUAGAUGGGCAGGGAUGGAGACUGUUGCCCAGCCAGGAAUCCAGGACUGCAUUUUCUGUGGUUGCUCUGUCUGUCCACGUAAAAAUGCAGCCCGAUGGGCCUGGGAACCUUAGCUACUCAAAGCCUGCACAAACCACAUUAUGUUUUGAACCAGAUGCAGGAAUAUUUUUGUGUGCGAUGCUUCUCCUCUAUCUGUUUUUAUCUUGUGUAUGAAGAGGGUCUUGGGGCAACCUCUGCCCAUUUCUUCUUCUUAACGGUCUUGUUCUUUACCAAUCCUUGUGCUUUCCUGUUCCUUUUCCCCAGGUAAAUCGCACAUGGCGAUUGUUCAGAAGGUAAACAAUGAAGGCGAAGGCGACCCUUUCUACGAAGUCAUGGGCUUGGUGACAUUGGAAGAUGUCAUUGAGGAGAUAAUAAAAUCAGAGAUCAUGGAUGAGUCAGAUGACUACAGUAAGUGGGUUUCGUGCAGGUAUGGCCUGUUUGGGGCUUCUCUUCUUCCGCUCCCCUCCCUCUCUGCCCUUUUUGUUUAGCAAGGACAUGUUUUAAAUCUCCCUUCUCCUCUAAGGAGUGGACUUGCAUCCUAGGUGGUGGUAGCUGCUUAAUUUGCUGGUUCAGGUGGGCAGGGGAAGAUACAAGGGGAGCAUUCAGAAGUGUUAUUUUUCACCUGUAUUGGAAGUGGUGCAGUUUACCACCUCAUUUUGCUGCAUUUAUAGUCCUCGUAUAUGGCUACUAAGUUGGUGGGGUAGGAUUUAUACAAAUUCCUUUUCCUACUCCAGAAUUGGGAAAUAGCUUGGUCUAUUUAUGCACGUGGGAGGAUGAGGCAGUGGAAAGCGGAGAUGGUAAAAUGGGGGCUGCAUCAGGUCAAGUUGCAAGAAGGGGGAUUACAGUUUUAGAUGCUUCUCUUGACUUACUUUAAAAACAAUUGCAAUUAAAACACUGGCACUAGAAAAGGUUCUGUUGCACCCUUUUGUCGGUUGGAGAGGUUUUCUAUUUGACAUAAACUUUUCAUGUAGGAGAGCAAAGGAAAGUGAUCACUGAUGUGUGCCCUGAAGUUCACUCAGCCAACGGGUUCUGCUGCAAGUGCAGAAUGGGCCUUGAUACUUGUAGAAGGGGAAGUCUGUUCACAGCUGGGGGAAGAAAAGCAGGGAAGCCCCAGAUCCACAGCUCAGAACCGGAGACAGUGUGUAGCUGCUGUCACAAGUAUUUCACUCAGGAGAUGGCAGUUCUGUACUGCUAAUAAAUGGAUGUGUGCCCUGCAGGGAGAUUUGCAUUUGGAGAAGCAGGGAGCACACUGAGGUGCCAUUGAGCAUGGGGACUCCUCUGCAGUGGAAAUUCCAUGGAAUCAAAGAGCCAAGUCUGUUGGAGAUAACUGAUCGCCCUCAGAGUGCAGUGCAUUGCUUGCCCUUCUUAGGUAGUUGCAGCUGGAAUGACAACUGGUGGCAGUUACUAAAAAAUGGCAGGGAAAUUUGUUUAGUGCUCAGACUACACGUCUUUAUUCCUUGGAGCAUCAGUGAUUUUCAUUUCCUCUUUACACCUAGGGCUGUGUGUGUGCCUAAAUAAAUAAAUUUAAAAAAUCAAAAAUCUGUACCAAGCUAUCCUAACUUUUCCACCCUGAAUAAAUACUGCAUGCGAAACAAAUUCACACAAAAUUGGCUCACUUUCUGGGCUGCAUCAUAAUGGGGGGGGAUGUACACAUGUGAGCGAUAUGGGCUAGAGACUUAGGGUGGGGGGUAUUAAAACUAAGAUUCCUAGGAAACUCAGUUCUGCAGUCAUAAGUAUUUAAGUAUUCUGCGUUUUUUCCUGUACGUGUACAGACUUGUUGAAUCCCUACCGUCAUGUUUUACAAGAGAACCCACCAGUGCUAGUAAGGAUGGAUAGCUUGAUUCUUCUGCCUCCUGUUGUCUUUUUUGGCUUUCUCUCCCAUCCCUCUAGGGGAGAACAAAUUGAAAAAGAAGCCACCUGCACUUGGGACCUUGAUGGACCGCAGGAAAGAAGAUUUCUCCUUGUUCAAAGUGUCCGACAAUGAGUAUAAGGUGAAAAUCUCUCCCCAGUUACUCCUGGCUACGCAGCGCUUCUUAUCCAGAGGUAAGAGCAGGGAAGAGAUCUUGCCGUCUGGCAGUUUUUGUUCCUUCCCUCCACCACCACCACUUCCCACCAUCUCUGCUCAAGGGGGCUACACUGGGUUUGGAUGCAUAAUCCAAGGUUUAUUUUCCACCUGAAAUGUGUGUUUUUAAUCCAGUUAAGUGGCUGAUAACUGUGUUACCAGGAUGGGAGAUGCUCAAAGUCCAGCUGAUAGCUAUGUCCCAGUCUGCAGAGUAGUCCAAGAAGCAGGGAGCGCACCAUGUCUUACAGCAGCUCUCCCCAACCUGGUGCCCUCCUGAUGUUUUACACCACAGCUGACAUUUGUGCUGGCUGGGGCUGGUGGAAGUUGUAGUCCCACAGCAUCUGAUGUAUGCCUCUGAUGUAUUGAAGAAGGUUGUCAUUAGAGCAUGUUAAUUUUUUCAUUUUUCAAAUUCCCAAAAUGAGGGGUGCUAAAAAGUUGCAACAUAACUUGGCAAUUCAAAAUAUAUUUUGGUUAUGUUAAUAUAAUUUUGUUUUGCUUGGUAAGUAAAAUGUGUGUAAAAUUGCAUAGAAAUCAUUAAAAAUGAUUGCCAAGUACUUGCAGUUAUGGCAUAUAUUCAGAUUAUUCAUUAUUAUUAUUAUUAUUAUUUACCAUUACCUGACAUUUUCAGAAGGUUUUCAGAAAGCAGUUUAUGUGCUUCUUCAUUAGAUGUAGACUUAUCAAGCUAAAUGUUGUCCAUUCACAAAAAUAACAGAUUUGAAUUCCUCACAACCAAAAACAUAUUUUUAAGACCUCUCACUGAAGAAAUUAAGUUUCACCCCCUAAAAUCACAUGCCCUGUAUGUCGUAUGGGAAUUUGCAAAUACAGAAGUUGUUGAGCAUCCCUUUCAGCAGCUAAGAGAGAGAUUUGAUUUUCAUGCUCCCUAAGGACAGCACAGCAACGAAAGCCCCUCUGCAGAUGCAAGACCACACACUAUAUUGCUGUAUCCUUCAUUUAACCGUCUCUUUUGUCUGACGAGAGCCGGAGACUGAAGGGUCUCUUCCUCAAACUGAUACAUUUCAAGGCCAUGCUGAAAUUUAAACAUAUUCCACAAAGGGGCAGUGCUAGUUGUUGGACUACAACUUUCAUCAGCCCCAGCUGGUGUGGACAGUGUUCAUGAAUGAAGGAAGUUAUAGCUAAUGUUCUGAAUGAGAGCCAGUGUGGUUAGAGUGUCAGACUAGGGUUCAAAUCCCCUGCCUGGCCAUGAAGCUGAGUGGGUCAUUGUCGCUCAGCCUAAUCUACCUUACAGGGUUGUUGUGAAGAUAAAAUGGAAGAGAGGAAGAACCAUGUAUGACACCUGUUCUCCUCCCAACUUGGGGAGAAAGCGGAGGCCAUGUGGCCUCACAUCGCCACCUCCAUUGGGCUGCUGUGAGUGAAUAGGGCCUUUUUGGUGGCAGCACCUCCCCAGACACACUUGACUGCUCUGUAUUCUUCUAACCUUUAAGGCAACAGGUUAAAAUUUUAUUCUCUCAGGCAUUUAAUGAGAUGACUGUUUGCUAUGCUGGGUCUUUUGUAAAGCAGUUUGUUCUUUCUUUUGUUGAUGUUGAAUCCUAAAUGUGAAGUUUCUCCUUUUAUUCUUUCUGCCUAUUUUUACUGUUGUUUGAUUUCUAAAUUUCUAAGUCUGAACUGGCUGACGCUACCUUUUCUGUCUCCUCCACACGCUUCCCUGCAGAGGUGGAUCUCUUCAGCCCAGCCCGAAUCUCUGAGAAGGUCCUGUUGCACCUGCUGAAACACCCCAGUGUCAACCAGGACGUCAAGUUUGAUGACAGCAACCGCCUUGCUGCUGAGCAUUACCUGUACCAGCGCAACCAGCCGGUCAAUUACUUCAUCCUCAUCCUGCAGGUACCACACUUCAAACAUGUGGCCCCCAAAGUCCCCAUCUGGCCCUUACAAUACCCCUCACUGGCCCUGCUUCACACAAUCCUCAAAUGUAGGAUUAUAUAUAAAAAGAACACUAUACGGUGGUACCUUGGUUGUCGAACUUAAUCCGUUCUGGGAAUCUGUUCGACUUCCGGAACCAUUUGAAAACCAAGGCUCGGCUUCCGAUUGGCUGCACUCAAUUGGAAGCCGCAUUGGACGUUUGGCUCCCAAAAAACGUUUGCAAACCAGAACACUUGCUUCCGGGUUUGCGGCGUUCAGGAGCCGAUUUGUACAGGAGCCAAGCCCUUCGGGAACCAAGGUACCACUAGGUAUGUAUGUAUGUAUGUAUGUAUGUGUGUGUGUAUAUAUAUAUAGAGAGAGAGAGAGAGUGUGUGUGUGUGUGUGUGUGUGUGUGUGUGAGAGAGAGAGAGAGAGAGAGAGAGAGGUUUUAUCCUCUCCUUCCUCCUAAGAGCUCAUGGUUCUUGCCUCUCCUCCCAUUUUUAUUUUCACAACUACUUUGCUUGGUGGAUUAGGCAAAGCAGCUGGCCCAAGGUCACCCAUUAAAUUUCAUGGCUGCACAAGGAUUUUAACCCAGAUCACCCCAGCCCCAGUCCAGCAUUCUAAUCACUGCACCUCUCUGCCUGUUCAGCUGUGAGACAGGCAGAAAUAAUGCAGGUAGAGCAUGCAAUGAAGUCGGGGGGAAGGGAAAGCUUUACCCUUCGAGUCAGCCUGGCGUGCAGCAUUGGAGUAAUAAUAAUAAUAAUAAUAAUAAUAAUAAUAAUAAUAAAUUUAUAUCCCAGCCUCCCCAGCCAGAACCGGGCUCAGGGCAGCUAACAUCAAAAUAUACGAUAUAUUAAGACAUAAAAUUCAGGAAUCGACUGAAAUACAGCUUAAAAUCGGAUUAAAAUCAAAAUAAGAUCAGUUGGCUACCCAAUAAUAAUAAAUUUUAUUUAGAGUUAUUUAGAGUAGAGUUAGAGGUGCCUUAGCUCAACCCCUGGAUCCACUGUGAAUCCACAGGUGACCUUGGGUCAGUCCUUCCCUCUUUUCUCCAGCAUAGCCUACCUCACAUGGCUGUUGUAAAGAUGAAUUUCAUGCACAGGAGCACUGUGGCAACAUCGUGGUCUACAACCUACCAUUUCAGAUACUACAGCCAUACAAGUUCAUUUAAAAAUACUAAUGGCAUGUGAUUUUUUAUACCGUAUUUUUUGUCCUAUAGAGCGCACUGGCCCAUAGGACGCACCUCGGGUUUUUUUGGGGGGGGGGGAAUGAAUAAAAAAAAUUAUUCCCCCGCCGCCACGGCUGCCGCCCCAAGCCUUGCGCACACCUGCCUGAAGCACGGGGAGCCCUCUGGAGGGCUCCCCGUGCUUCGGGCGAGUGUCCCCAAGCCUCGCGCGCUCGGCGGGACCUCCCGCCGGGCUUGCAAGGCUUGCGGAUAGCUUCCUGAAGCCUGGAGAGUGAGAGGGGUCGGUGCACACCGAUGCCUCUCGCUCUCCAGGCUUCAGCGAAAGCCUGCAUUCGCCCCAUAGGACGCACACACAUUUCCCCUUCAUUUUUGGAGGGGAAAAAGUGCGUCCUAUGGGGCGAAAAAUACGGUAUAUUUUUUGCAUUCUCUAUCCUCUUACCCCCCCUCGCCUAAGGAGACCAAAGUGGAACACGUGGAUCUCCCCACCCCCAGCCCAAGUUUUCCCCUCACAACAACCCUGUGAGGUAGGUUAGGCUGAGAGAGAGUGAAUAGCCCCAGUGCUGCCCAGUGAGCAUCCCAGGAGAGCGGCAGUGAACUCUAGCGGAGGACAAACUCAGGUCCUUGACUCUCUUUUUCUGUGCAGAAGCUGUGAGGUGAGCUGCCAGGCUUUUUGGCAGAGUCGCCUUGCACUAGCAGGGAAUGAGUUGAUAGCAGUUGCUUGUGAUUGAUUAGCAUAAUUGGAGAAUGAGCAGAACAGCCAGCCAGAGGCAGAACCCAUUUUUUUGUUCCCUGCUUCCAACUAACCAUUUUCAUGGUUCCACUUCUUUGCGUUUCUAAUGAAAUCUAAAGGUUUCACUGCGCAUGACAGGAGAGCUUUUGUUAAAGCUUGUAUGUUUUGCAAAAUAAAAUUUUCUGUGAUUCUCAGCUGAUCCUAAUUUCGCUCUGUGGGUGCAGUGCAUGUGUCUAUAUGGACCAACAGAGGGGCUUGCACUUUGGGGCAAAUUCUUGGAGGAUAAGGCUAGCCACGGCUGCUGCUAGCUGACAGCUAUGUGCCGCCUCUCGCACUGGAGCCAGAAGGCUUCUGCAUACCGCUAGCUGGGGAGCAGCUGCUCUCGUGUCCUGCUUCUGCCCAGAGGUUGACCUCUCUGAGAACAGAAGGAUGGACUAGAUGGGUCUUUGGUCUGAUCUGGCAGGGAUCUUCCAUUGUCGGAGUAGACUCUCCACAGGGCCAUUGCAAUGAGCCCCAGCGCUGCACGAUUCACCGCUGCCUCACAGGAGGGGGGAUUUAUACCUGGGCUUCCCGACAGCCCCCGCCAUCCUCCAUCAUCACCAUUUAUUUAUUUGUAUACUGCCCUUCAUUGGAAGGUCACAGGGUAUUGCUGGACAUCUUCAUCACUUUUCUGCCAAGGCACCCAGGACUUAGCUAUUAACCUGAACAAAUGGUACCAAAUAGCUCUGGCUCCCUAUCAGCGGGAUGCUCUCCCUGGGCUGACUCCUUUUCCGCCUCCCCCCCCCCCAGGCCUUUGGAUAGACUGAGAUGCUGCUGCUGUUUCUGGUGUGCUGGCAAAUCUUCCUGAGGCUGUGGUGGGGGUGGUUCUGUUUCUGUGCUGUAACAUACAGUGGUAGCUUGGUUUAAGAACAGCCUACCUUCUGAACCUUUUGGAUUACGAACACUUCAAACCCGGAAAUGAGUGCUCCACGUUGCGGGUUUUUUGGGCGGGGGGAUUGCGAACAUACUCCGGGGUGCAGUUCCGCUUUGUCGGCACAGCCUUCUGCCGCUCAGCCCCGGCUGCGGCAGCGUCACCCAGAAGCGCCCAGCACUCCCCGAGGAGUAGAGAUCAUCGGUGCGCCUUCGGCCUCCUUCUCCCCCGAGGUGCGCUGCAUUUAGGGACCUGCUCGCGAGCCAGCCUGGCAGCUCCACCUAGUGCGCUGUUGCUGACACGGACCGGCAACGGCUCCCCGGGGUUUUGGGCAAGGAACGGGCUCUCUCUUUUCCCCGGGCCGACAGCAACUGGCGUCUCUCUCUCUCUCCGUCUUCCCUGGCACUGGGUGCUUCUGGGUGGCGCUGCCAUGGCUGGCGCUGAGCGACAAGGCCGUGCCGACAAAACGGAAGUGCACCACGAACGGAGUACAUUCUCAAUGUCCCCCCCCCCAAAAAAAACGCAACCUGGAGCACUCAUUUCCGGGUUUGAAGUGUUCAUAAUCCAAAAAGUUUGUAAAGUAGGCUGUUUGUAGACCUCUGCCGUCGCUGUGGCUUCAGCAUCGAAGGCUGUGCCCCCGCAGCCCCCCCCUUCCCCUGGUGCUGGUGUCACUCGUGCAGCUGCCACUCUGGGCCCCAGAGCAACGCCAAGUGGCUCGGCCCCAGAAGUGACUGCCGGGCAUUGCCUCACAGGGCGCAGGACGGCGUGGCAGGCUGCUGGUGCUGCCACUGCAGGAAGGGUUUUUAUACUGGGUGGUAGAUUGCAGCCUGGUCUAUUGCUUUCAUUUUAUGGAUCAAUGACCUCGUUAGAUAGUAAAAUUCAUGUGAAAUUGCUGUUUCAGGGGUUGCUUUUCAUCGUCUGGAACGGAUUAAUCCGUUUUACAUUACUUUCUAUGGGAAAUCCCACCUUGGUUUAAGAACGCUUUGGUUUAAGAACGGACUUCCGGAAGGGAUUAAGUUCGUAAACCAAGGUACCACUGUAUUUCUGUUCACGUUUUUAAAUGUUAAAGGACAAGCAGUUAAAAUGUGUAAUAAAUAAUAAUAAUAGCAUUAUUUUUAUUUAUUUAUUUGACGGGCCUCUGGAGCCGAUAGUUUUGGGCUGCCUGGCUUAUGCCUUCUCUCAGGGCUAUUGAGAGUUGAGAUGUACAUUUUUAGGACCCACCUCAUUCCUUGAUUGUAACUUGCUUUGGACUGGCUUUAAUAAUGUGUUUAAAUGUUGUAUCCUGCCCUGGGACGUGAGGGUAGAGGGUGCGAUGAUGAUGAUGAUGAUGAUGAUGAUGAUGAUAAGAAGAGGAGGAGGAGGAGGUGGUCCUGGGGAAGGGUCUCUCAACCUCAGUCCAUCAGGCCGUUGAUGGUCCCUUCAGGAGCUGGCUGCUUCUGCUUGUCCAGGCGCCAUCCUGCCUGCCCACCCCAGGAGCCCAUGCUGGUGCACCUCCCGCUCGCUUCUGCACCUGAAGAGGCCUCUGAGCAUAGGGCUCUGCGCAUAGGGAGCAGGAGGAGGUGGGAGCAUGCUGAGGGUUGUGCCACUUUAGAUGGCAGCAGGGGGAGCAGGUAGUGGAUGUUUUCAGGCGCUUCCGUCUCUCAUGAACUCUGUGCUGACUAGGAAACCUUCACGGCAGAAGACUGCCCAGAGACCUCUCUGCCUGACAUGCUUCGCACGUAAGGCAGUUGCCCAGCAAUAGGGCUCCCCACCCCAAGUCCAAAGUGGUGCAGUCCAUUGUGUUGCCUCAUGAACCACCACCACCUCCUCCUCCUCCUGCUGCUGCUGCUGCUGCGGGGUGGGGGCACCCCAGGGGUCCCUGACCAACCCGACCCCUCCUCACUUUGGGUAGGAAGCCAAUGCAGAAAAGAAGCACCCCGUUGCCUCCCAGUGAGAGUUACCCACCUGUGGGACGCAAAGGACCCUGUUGGGUUGGGGGAGGAACAGACCCAGCGCUGGGGGUCAGCACCUGCAGGCGUCUGCCGAGGGUCACCCCAAGCAGGGGGCCCUCUGCCGUGGCCCCAGCCCUCCUGCUCUGCCCCCUCUAAGCCAGUGAGCAAUGAGGGGCGGCAGGAGGGCCAGCCUCACCUCGCCCUUCCCUGAGCCCCAAGACAGAAGGGGCUCCUGGGGGCAGCAGGAGAAGGAGGGAGUCCACAACGGGAGGCUGAACCUCUGGUGGAGGGCGGUGCAAAGAGCAGAGCCGGCUCUGCCGUUGGACAGAGUGUGGCAGAAGAUGCUGGUGGGCACAGCACUGGCAGCCCCCCUUGCUGUUCUUCUUGAGCAUCCUGACUUUCCCCUUCCAUUGGAGGGUGGAGCUAUGUGUGCCACGCAGCCUGCCCUGUGCUCCCAAAACUGAGAUGCUGCCCCCUGGUGUGGUGGAGGGCAUGCAUUUAAAGUACACACCCCAACACACAAGAGUCCUGGGAACUGUAGUUUGUUAAAGGUACUGAGAAUCUGCAGUUCCCAAGGUUCUUGCUGUGGGGGUUGGGAACGUGCAGAGACAAUUCCACAGCCAGAACCAUAACAGUCUAAAAUGCUUCCUUCAUUGAAUGGUGAUGCAUAGUUAUUUAGAGUGGUUCACCUACUAGCUUGGCCAUUGCGUGUGUGUUUGGGGUAGGGGGGAGAUGCACUUGGAAUUGCAGCCUUCGCCAACUUAGUGCCCUCCAGAUGUUGUAGGACUACAACUCCCAUCAGCCCCUAGCCAGCAGCCACUGAGUUGUGGUCCCACAGCACCUGGAGGGGGCCAGAAUGGCCAGUGAUGCCGUAUGGAGUCAUCAGCUGACGUGGGACUGAGAACCACACGUGCCUCUGCAGGAAUCUGCUCACGGUCUUGUCACUGCCUCUUGCCUUACAGAAUUCGGGAAAAGAAAGAGAAAAUCUGCCCUUGCAGGUGAAACUAAGGAAGGGGUGUUGGCAGGUUAACCACACCCUCAUUAAAAUUUGGUGUGGAGUAAAGUUGGCUUAGGACAGAGGUCCCCAGCCUUUUGGGCACAGGAGCACAUUUGGAAACCUAAGAAGUUGUUCUGGGCACCACAGAAUACCCAUUUCACAGAAGAAAAACUGGUGUUGCUCAGAACACACUCCAGCACCUCCAUGCACCCCAAAACAAAAGGCAGGCCUCCCAAAAACUGCUCAAAUAAAAUAAAAUGGGAGUGUGUCAAGUGGUGCCCCCAGGGGCCAUCUCAGGAAAACCAUAAUCCUGAAGUAACCUUUGCCAGCCUAGAACUGUAUCCAGCGCUGGCCAUCCAGUCUGAUGCUCAGAAUAGACCCACAGAAAUUAAUACACACAGCCAACUUAAGCGCAUUAAUUUCAUUGGGUCUACUCUGAGUAGAACUUGGUUGGUAGUGCCACUGUAUUCUGCUCUGGUCAGACCUCACCUGGAGUACUGUGUCCAGUUCUGGGCACCACAGUUCAAGAAGGACACUGACAAACUGGAACGUGUCCAGAGGAGGGCAACCAAAAAAGGCCUGGAAACGAUGCCUUAUGAGGAACGGCUAAGGGAGCUGGGCAUGUUUAGCCUGGAGAAGAGGAGGUUAAGGGGUGAUAUGAUAGCCAUGUUCAAAUAUAUAAAGGAUGUCACAUAGAGGAGGGAGAAAGGUGGUUUUCUGCUGCUCCAGAGAAGCGGACACGGAGCAAUGGAUCCAAACUACAAGAAAGAAGAUUCCACCUAAACAUUAGGAAGAACUUCCUGACAGUAAGAGCUGUUUGACAGUGGAAUUUGCUGGCAAGGAGUGUGGUGGAGUCUCCUUCUUUGGAGGUCUUUAAGCAGAGGCUUGACAACCAUAUGUCAGGAGUGCUCUGAUGGUGUUUCCUGCUUGGCAGGGGGUUGGACUCGAUGGCCCUUGUGGUCUCUUCCAACUCUAUGAUUCUAUGGAUACAAAAAUUAGUGUUUUUGGACCUCCACUCAGAUCAGCCCCAGUUAGUAUGCCUGUGCUUGCAGGGGUCUGGAGGGCAUCAGGUUAGCAGAAGCUGUCCAGUACAAACGCCCCCCCCCCCAAUGAGAAACUUCCAUGGCGGAUUGGUGGCCAUUUAUCCAGCACAUGAACCCUCCAAGGGAAACUGUACCUGCCGUAUUCUGUAAGAUACUGUUGUGUUAACGUCUUCCUUUAUACUGACAUCAGUAACUUUCAGACUCUCCUCUUCAGGGCUUAUAUGAACUUUGCUAUUGUUAUUUAGAUCUGAACUAUGCCUUUAGGUUGGGUAAAAGGUGCUUAGUUUGUUACUUUUCCCUUUUUAAUGCAUAACAUAUUAAAACUUUAUUUUUUGCAACUCAAGAGUGGUAAUACUAAAGUAAAAGCAGGGACUGUCUUAAACUAAAAAAAGGGUUGGUUCAUGCAAUAGAAACCAAACCAACUUGUGCUGAGUGAGCUACAAGAACAUGGGAUCAGGAUCUGAGAUUCAACUAGGUCAAAUCUCAACUUGCUUUCUCCUCUCUCUGAAUUGCUCCCUCUCACCUUGCGUUGCUUUCUCUUCUCGUUCCCAGGGCAGGGUUGAAGUCGAGAUUGGGAAGGAGGGACUGAAGUUUGAGAACGGAGCCUUCACGUAUUACGGUGUCUCUGCCCUGACAGCUCCUUCUUCAGGUGAGUCGCGCGUUUCUUCCCACCUCUCGCCGCCACUGAUAGCCCUUUCGGGAUGAGAGGUUUGCCCCAGAGCUUGAGCUGCUGACCACUUUUUUAAAGGGGUGUCCUUGUGUUGAAACCCUGGAGAGCCGCUGCUGGUGAUUAGACCACACUGUGUUAGAUGGUUCUGACUUGGUUUUGGGCAGCUUCUUAUGCUCCUGUAUUUUGAACAAAGCACAGCCUCGAAGGACCGGCAGUGUUGGCUCCGCCCACAGAUUGGACCCCUGCAAGCCCUUUAGCUCCCCCCUGCAGCCUGAGCGUCAAGAGAGGCAUCCACAGACUUCUUCCCCUGCACACGUCAGCUGCUGAGUCACUUGAUUGUCCAUCGGCAUUUGCUGUUGGCUUUUUUAAACAUACAACAGCAGAGGAAGGGGGGCAUUCAGGAAAAGCUACAGAACUGCAUUUAACAAGAACAGAUAAUAGGUUUAGAUAGUUGUUGUUGCGGCUGCAUUCAUGAGAACUUGAAACACAUUCAUUUUUUUAAAGGCAGGACUUGCAGAGUUCUGGGUUAGAAGCCAUAUUCCUAAACUCCCUGCCUCUCAUUUGCAACACUGAUGUGUUUUCCUUCAAUAGUUCAUCAGUCCCCAGUGUCCACUCUCCGGAUGAACCGUCGUGAUCAGCAGCUUGAAUGCACAGAGACCACCACAUACUGUCCUGACUACACUGUCCGGGCACUCACUGAUCUGCAGUUCAUCAAGGUAAACUCCAUAAAAAUAAAGACUCUGGAGAAGUAUGCUGUUGACCACCAGCCAAAGAUCUGUUGAAAUUAGUUCAGCAAAUAGGAUUUCUCUUUGAAAUCUGUAGCAUUUCUCCAUAGUGUGUGACUUUGGCUCACCUGCUUGAGUAAGUUCCUUCUUUUGACCAAAUUGCAAUCUUAGGCACCCAUCAAGUCACGUGCUGAUCUGCAGCAUAUAUGAUGCCCUGCUGGGGACUGGAUAAUCUCCCUGCUUUUGCAGUCUCAGGAAUAGGAGGUAUAUUGAGCUCCUAGGGGGCCGCAUUCAGCUAGGCAAGAUGUACAGGCAAGAUUUUGGCAAAAUCCUCUGGUGAUCACAGAUCACUAGGGUCGCACCUUUAAUUGAUUGCAUUAACCAGUUAAAACCCCCAAAGGCUCAUCUGCCAGUGCACCCAACUGGGAGGUCCGCAGGCCAGAUCUGAGUGUGACGGCACUUUCCCCUCUUUGCUCUUAGCCAGGGACCCUUGGCGAACACAGAGCAAACCAGCCACGUGAUUUCCAAGGUGAUUGUGGCUGAGGUGCAGAUCAUCUCUCACUGACUUGCGGCUUCUUUUCCACAGGUUACCCGGUUGCAGUAUCUCAAUGCUCUCAUGGCCUCGAGGAUACAGAACUCCCCACAGUCACCUGACACCGUUGAAUUGAAAAUCAUCCCCAGCAGCCAGACAAAGCUUCUGAAUGACAAAAAUGCCACGCCAGGUAUGUGCUUGUUCCGUUGUGGGUCACCAGGUGGUGCUGUGGCCCUUGUGCCCCCCCCCCCCCCCGGUGCCAGGACCUGCCAUUUUCUCCACCCGUUUGGACCCCAGCUGCCUGCUUGGGUGGAGAUGGGGCAGGAUUCCUGCAGAUGCAACACCAGGGAAGAGGAGCUAGUCAGGAAAAUCGGUUGGUGUAUGUGCACUGGGCUAUGAUUAUUGUCUAGUCAGUUUAUUACACAUCCUUCAUCCUCAAUUCCGAGGGCAGGUUGCAAUUUUAAAUUCAAUAUCAAAAGCAAGUAAAGCAAAUUACAACCGCAGAAAUAAGGUGGUUCCUGAAUAUAUAUACCUCAGGUGCCAAAUGCCAAGGUAAAGAGGUUUGUCUUCAGCAUUCCCUGAAAGCAGGAUAGUGAAGGUGCCAGGCAGACCUCUGUGGGGAGGGAAUUCCACAGUGUGGGGCUGCCACAGAGAUUGCCCUCCCUCAGGCCACUGCCUCCCAAACUUCUGAAGAAGGUGGAACGACCGGGGGGCCCAUCUGCUGGUCUUACAUCUGUCUGAGAAAAUUGGCAGGGAGAAAAGUGGUAAAAGUCGUUUGGGGCUUUAAACUCUAGUAUGACACGGAGAAGCGGACACGGAGCAAUGGAUCCAAACUACAAGAAAGAAGAUUCCACCUAAACAUUAGGAAGAACUUCCUGACAGUAAGAGCUGUUCGACAGUGGAAUUUGCUGCCAAGGAGUGUGGUGGAGUCUCCUUCUUUGGAGGUCUUUAAGCAGAGGCUUGACAACCAUAUGUCAGGAGUGCUCUGAUGGUGUUUCCUGCUUGGCAGGGGGUUGGACUCGAUGGCCCUUGUGGUCUCUUCCAACUCUAUGAUUCUAUGAGCACCUUAAAUUGUGCCCAGAAAUGAAGUGGCAACCAAUUGUCUCUCCUGCCACAAGAUUUGGUGAUGGCUACUGGCUUAAAUGACUUUAGAUGUGGCUUAGACCAUUUUGUGGAGGAUUGGUCUCACCAUGGCCUGGUGGCUAGAUAGGAGCUCCAUGUGCCAAGGAAUGACACAAUGGAGCAAUCCCUGCUGAGGAGCUCUAGUAGGCCAUUGUCUUCAUGUCCUGCUUGUAGAUUUUUAGAGGCUGUGGGAUGCUGGACUAGGUAGACCAGAGGCAGCCAAGGUGGGGCCCUCCAGGUGUUUCUGGACUGCAGCUCCCAGCACCCCUCACCACCAGCCAGUUGGAGUUCAGCAGCACCUGAAGGGCACAUCUGUUGAUGACCCCUGAUCUUCUCCGGCACAACUCUCCUUCAUUCAUUUUUUCCUUCCACGGACUUGAGCACUGGCUCCGGCUGAUGGCAGUUGUAGUCCAAAAGAGGGGUUCCAAACUCCCCCCCCCCCAAUUGACCACAUGGCCAUUACUGAGGGUCUUGGCAGACCUCUAAAUUAUUUUUCUGCCUGUUCUGAAAACAUAACAUAGCAACAUUGGCCUGCUUGAUCAGGCCAAUGGCCAAUCUAGUCGAGAAUUCUGUUCGCACAGCGGCCAAGCAGUUCACAGUUGCCCCCAAGGGAGACCCACAAGCACCCUCAGCACAAGAAACCCCUCCCCUCCUGUAGCCUCCAGCAACUAGUGCUCAGAAACAUGACUGCCUCUGACCACAGAGCCAUUGGGAACCUUAUCCUCCUCUGGGAGCACGUUCCAUAGUUUAGCUGUGCUCUGAAGAAAGAAGAAAGAAGGACUUUGUUUACCUGUCCUGAACCUUCCAACAUUCAGCUUCAUGGGAUGAAUGUGAAUUCUGGUGUUAUGAGAGAGGGGUGCACACUUGUCUCUAUCCGCUGCAGCAAUUGUAAUGUGCUAUAUGAUCUUUGAUUGCAUUUUUAUGGCUUCUUUUAUUUAUUAUAUUGUAUUUUAUUGUAUUUCCGUAGACUUCAAAUUGUUAUGUGAUAAAAUAAAAAUAAAAUAAAUAAAAAGAAGCAAUAAAAAUGCAAUUAAGACUCAGUAUGAAUGCUUAAUGUGGACACACUUGAAUGCAUUCAUUGCACCGCUGGCCUAAAACAUCUGGCGGGGGGCACCUGGUUGGCGAAGGCUGCCAAAGGGCAUGGGGAUCAGGGGUGUUUGCCAAAGGCUUCAUGAAAAGGGGAGGUGGGUUUCAAGGGAGGAGUUUGAAAGAAGGAAGGGAGAGGAGGCUUGAUUUUCUGGGAGGCAGUCCCAGGCAUGAUAAUGAGCAUGAGACACAGAAAUACCGUAUUUUUCGCUCUAUAAGACGCACCAGACCACAAGACGCACCUAGUUUUUGGAGGAGGAAAACAAGAAAAAAAAUAUUCUGAAUCUCAGAAGCCAGAACAGCAAGAGGGAUCACUGCGCAGUGAAAGCAGCAAUCCCCCUUUUGUUCUGGCUUCUGGGAUAGCUGCGCAGCCUGCAUUCGCUCCAUAAGACACACACACAUUUCCCCUUACUUUUUAGGAGGGAAAAAGUGAGUCUUAUAGAGCAAAAAAUACGGUAUAUGACAGUCGCAGGCAGGGCUGUAUCUGUCAUUUGGGGACAUAAGAGCUCAGAGACAGGCAGGAGGGGGAGGCAGUGAAGGUGAGAGUUUUGAAGGUGAGGAGGCAGCUCUUGGUCUGGAUGCAGGAGCACAGGGCCAUUGUCAGUGGGGCUCCUUGCCCAGCAAAGCUGUAUGUCUUUCCUUUCCACGCGUUUUCUUCUGCACUGUCCUUCCAGGAGCUAAACACUGCCAUCUCUCCUCUUCUCUUUCUUCCUUUCUCCCUCCAGCCUUCCCGCUCAAUCUCUCUUUCUUUGGCACAAUUGAGAACUGCAUUUAAUACAGGCCUCUCUGCCAUAGUCUGGAGUGCCUUUUUUGUUUGAAAACCACAAGGUAAAUAUAUCCAGUUGGUUCCCUUCCUGCAUUUCCCCUCCUUGCAGUGCCCUCUGGACCCAGGGGAAGGGGCAGCAGCAGGUCCUCUGGGGGCUAUUGGGCUUCAGCCCCAUCUGCGUGGCUCAUGGUCAGCAACGCCUGGAGGGCCAUAGGUUGCCUGGUCCUUGUUUAGUCUCCCAGUCGUGUGAUUGCUGUAUGACAAGCAGAACUUUCAAAUGACCCAGUCACCGUAGGGACUAACUGGGUUACGCCUUCCCUCCUUCCCACGGAAUCUGCAUCUCCUCAGGAGGGAGCUGCCAGGGGGAAAGACUCAACUAAUCAACCCCUGGCCUGAUGGAUGGGUCAUUAAGAGCACCCAUCUUGGGUUGGGUCUACUCAGAAGCAGUAGAAUGAUUGUAUCAUGUCAGACUGCAAGUGGGAGAUGCCAGUUUGAAUGCUCCCCUUACUUCUUCUCUUCUGCAGGUCUUCUGCUUGCGGGGGUUUGUGUUUGUUGUUUAACGAGGGCAGCACCAACCCUCCUGGCUGCACCCUAAAGUGGAACAGUUCUUUCUACCAUCUAAUUUUUGUAGCAUCUGCAAACCAGACCUUUGUCUGUUGGAUCACUAAUUGCCCCCCCCCCCGUCCUGCCUUUCCCACCUUAACCAGAUGUGGAUCUUUUGUGCAGGGGAGGAAGGGGUGGGCCCACCUUGCAAGAGGGCAGGGGAGAUCCGGGGGGGGGGGGGCAGGGGUUGGAUUUCACUGUUCUGAUUCCAUGCUAGCCUGCUUUCCUCCUCCCUUCAGUGAGACGAGAGAGAGAGAAUCUGUCUCAUUCCCAGGGCUAAAGCGUGUCUCCACUCUUCACAUGGCAAGAGUACAGGUGGUAGUUUAUCAAGUGGGUACUUGCCACACUGUGUUACGCAGGCACUUGGUGAACUGGCUGACUGUAUUACCCUACCCCCCACCAUGCACAACCAUUUGCCGGGUUGUGUGUGUUCCAAUUUUGUGGGAGCAGAGAAAUUGGCAUUGGACGAGACAUCCAGCUUCCUAGAAUCUCAACUUAUUUGUUAUUUAUUUAUUUCUUGCACCUUUCUCCCCCAAGGAGGUCAAGGUGGUGUGUACAUGGUUCUUCCCUCCCUCCCCCACCUUCCUCAUUUAAUUCCCACAACAACCCUGUGAGGUAGAUUAGGCUGGGAGGCAGAGUGACUGGCCCAAGACCACUCAUGGCUGAGUGGGAAUUUGAACCCUGGUUGCUUCUCCUUGAAGGCAGUGAUGUGCUUGAAAGAACCAGGGUGGCAAAGUGGUUGCUAUUUCAGACUGCCAAGACCCAGGUUGACAUCUCCGCUCAGCCAUGAAGCGCACUGGGUAACCUUGGCCAGCCACUUCCUCUCAGUGCCUAACCUCCCUCGCAGGGCUGGUGUUUGCUGUGAGGAUGGGAAGCAUGCCACCUUGAGCCAGAGGCAAAGGUGAGCAGAGCAACCGCUGUGGAGCUGACCUUUCUGCAAGGGGCUGCUUUCUGCACACACCUCUCCAUUCAAGCAGACAAGCAAGAGGCAGGAUUGGAGCUCAAGAAGGGUGAGGACUAAGCCUGGGGAGAGAGCAGAGGGCCAAAGAGAGGGCCUUCCAGUCCUGAGGUCCCAUUUGGAGAGUUGCAGGCUCCCCCAUUACUCUUUCUUUCAUACAGGAUGCUCAGUCCCUGCUCAAGGCUCAGUUCUUCGUUGCCAAACUGCCAAGAGAGCCCAGCAAUGGUGGGGUAUAAACAUUGCCAUUCUUUCUCUUCCUUGCCACCCUCCCCCCCCCCAUUCCAGGGAAAAGCAGAAGCAAGCUCAACCUUCUGGAAGAGGAGAGGCAGAGCACAGGGGUCUGACCCGCUAGAGGCUUUGGGGGCAAGGGGCCUCGGGAGGCCCCCUCUGAAAUCUCGGUCGCCUUCUCCUGGAGUCCACCCGUCCUUCCAAGGAACCUUUCACUUUGGCUCCUGCGUCCCAGAGAGACUCCUGGAACUGUGAAGGAACUGGCCAGCAGCCUCUUGGGUUGCUUCUGGUGCUCUGACCCGGCUGCAGCACCCAGGACGUCCUCUGAGCAGCACUUGACGGACAAAGGGUGGUUGAGUUGGGGGGGGGGGCGCAAUCUCUAAGACUGUGAGCAGCAGAGAACAGCCACCCUGUGCCUACGGACUGGAUUACUUUUGCAGGAGUCUGUGUGAGCAGGGACCGGCAAGGGUGUCAUUGCAACAGCGUUCCCUCUGCUCCACUGACUCUGUUGAUCUUUUCCUCCCCGCGUGCAACAGAUCUCCCUUCCACCCAGCGGUCUCACAUGUACAUUCCACCCACCCUCCAGCCGCACUUCAGUUUGUUAGUCCCCACACCAGGCUUGCACUGGUGGCUCCAGCGCUUGGCUCUGGAGCACCGCCGCCCACCAGCCUCCCUCUGCAGCUGUUGCACUUCCUGCUUUUGACUGUAGCUGCACCCAGCCGCCAUGCCAGGCCUGACUCCCGGACCUGAAACUUGCUCCGCCCACAUUCCAAGCACACCCGCCUUGCUGGUCUUCUGAACGCCAGCACCAGGCUCCAAGGGCAUUUGAACCAGCCGUGAGUCUCAUCUGGCGCCAGGCAGGGCAUCCUCCCCAAAUUGUGCCAAAGUCCACACUCCCUAGAGCCACAUGUGCAGCCUGACUCUGUCUUGCCAGGAUUGCACUGCUCGCCCUCUUUCCAGAACGUGGGUUCCCACGGCGAUCGGGCGGUGGGCUCUGUCUGUGCCAAGCCAGGGAAUGCUGCUAUUCUGCAAAGCAACCCUUCCUUCCCAGAGGAUGCCUGUCUCCUGGCCACUCUCACCCAAAGUUUCAUUCUCUUCCCCCUUGCUUUGCAUCUCUUAAAUCCAACACAGGUUUGAAAAACAGUUUGCACAGGUGGGGACUGGGGCAGGAGCCAUUCUGACCCCGUGCUGGUGUUUCCCAAAUCCUGGAGUUUAAGUGACUCCUCACGUAAGCUGUUGAGUGGUUGGGGAUGGGACAACAGGAUUUGCCCCAUCAAUCUGCCGGCAUUCCAGGCACUGAGUCUCCCACCUUCUGAAUGCUUGCAGUACAUGGAGGAUCUGCAGCAUUUUGCUGCAGUUUACCCACGAAGGCCUGCUGGGUGGAAGAAAGUCCUAAAGGACCGCCCUUCCUCCUGUACCUGCUCCUUCUGGCUCCUUGUGUUUGUGCUUAGAAGAGCAGCUGCUGUUGCAUUUCCCUCUGGACUGGCCUUCCCCAGCCUGUGCACUUCAGAUGCUUUGGACUACACCUUCCCAUCAGCCCCAUGCGGCACGGCUCCUGCCCAGUGGCUGAUGGGAGCAGGAGUCCAGCACAACGGGAGGGCACCAGGUGGAGAAGGCUGUUCUCGGCUGUCCUCCUCGGCUGCCGGGUUCUGGCUGGAGAGAGCACAGGGUGCUAUGCUUGCCCUCCACGCUAGCUUGGGCAGAGAGAAACAGUCCCCCCACCCCACCCUCGGUUGCUACUUACAGUAUUCCCCCACUGGAGUUCUUGUUUUUAAAAUGAAAUAAAGGACUGAAGAGCAAGAGAGGGAAAGAGAGAAAGUUGGUUUCCCUUUCUCCCUCUCGUCCUCUCCCUGUCCAUAACCAACAGCAGAAGUUGUCUAAAAGCAAUGUAUAAUUUCAGGUAAAUUAUUUGUAACCUGCCUUUAUGUUGUAGUUUUUCUGCAAGGACUGUACCUUCAAAAUGGAAUAGUCUAAUCUUAUAUAUCUAUUUAUAAGUUACUGGC